CUUAAGCCAGUAAACUGCAUCAAGAUGUGGAAAAAGGCGAAAAUUUCAGAUUCAAGUGCUGCCGGGCAAGGAGGACUGGAAAUCCUACCUCCCAAGAGACAAGGCAUCAAAAGGAGAUCUAAGGUCCCUGGUGUUAUGAUUACACAGUACGUUGAGGAACUUCCUGAGGGGAAGACUACUCCCGACUUCACACGUAAACCCAUCGCUUUAACCAUUCAAGAAGGAAAGCUAGCAAUUUUUAAAGCCAAAGUGAUUGGAGACCCGGCGCCUACUGUAACAUGGCGAAGAGCCAAAGGAGAAAUGAAUGAUCCUCAAAAGUUUCAGAUCAAAUAUGACCCUGCAAUUAAAGAGCAUACUUUGGAGAUACCUAAAGUAAGUGGCGAUGAAGCUGAUACUUACAAAUGCUAUGCUUCAAAUGAGUAUGGAAAGGCUGUUUGCACUGUUGUCCUAAAUAUCAUUGAAGCUGUAGCAGAUGACCCAAAAGAAUUUAGAAAAAAGCUCAGGAGAAGUGCUGGCAAAAAAGAGGAGAAAAAGGAAGGUGACAUCGACGAGGCUGUAUGGGAUCUGUUACUGAGUUCUGACAAGAAAGACUAUGAACGUAUUUGUGCUGAGUAUGGUAUCACUAAUUUCCGUGGCAUGCUGAAGAAACUGGUUGAGAUGAAGAAGGAAAGAGAAGAGGAGCAGGCAGAGUUCAUCCAACAUAUCAGCAAUCUGAAACCCAUUGAGGUGAAAUCUGAGGAUGCUGCAACCUUUGAAAUGGAAUUGGAGCUCAAAGACCCCAACAGUCGCAUUUUUCUCUACAAGGAUGGUGUCAUGAUUCCAUUCAGCAAAGAUGCUGAUUUAGAAAUGAAGCAUUGUCUGAAACAAGUCGGCAAAAAGUACGUCUUCACCGUUAAAAAUCUCAGUCCUGAUGAUGCUGGAAUUUACCAAGUGGACAUUGAGGGUGUCAAUAUCUUUUCCACAGAUUUCAAGAUUCCCCCAGUGGACUUUGCACUAAAGAUUAAGGAGGUGAAGGCCCAGGAGAGAGAGGAUGCCCUCUUUGAGUGUGUUUUAACUCAGCCCAUUAAUGAGAUUAUCUGGACCCUAAAGAAUACUCCGCUCACUAACAAUGAGAAAUAUGAGAUUACUUCUUCAGAGGAUAAACUGGUCCACCGGCUGAAAAUUGUUGAUUGUAUGCCAGUGGAUGCAGGAAUUUAUGCUGCUCUUGCCGGCAUUAAGUCUUGCAGUGCUUGGCUGAUUGUAGAAGAUCCUGGGGUUCACUUUUCUGCUGGCCUGGAGGACUGCAAAGCUAUUGUGGGAGAGGCUGCUGAACUGGUCUGCAAACUUAGCAAGGCUGAUUGUGAAGGGGUCUGGUCGAAAGAUGGCAAUGAGAUUACUGCCUCCACUGAGGGUAUGACAAUGACCAAAGACGGAGCUGUUCAUAAACUGAAUAUCGACAAAGUCACUGAAGAAUUUGCCGGAAAUUAUAGAUUUGAGGCUGAUGGCCGUAAAACCGAAUGUGUGAUUGUUGUUGAAGAUCCACCAAGAUUGGAUUCCAAAGAUGUCGAAGAAUUUGCUAAACCUGUUGUGAUCAAACACAAUCACAAAGCCACCUUCAAAAUGCCAUAUAUUGGCCGUGAGCCGUGCAAAGUUCAGUGGUAUAAAGAUGGUGAGGAGCUUACAUCAGACACUAACUGCAAGAUUGAGAUUUCAGAGGGUGAAAGCUGUCUCCUUCUCAACAAAUUACAGCGUAAAGACAACGGGGAGAUAAAGAUCAAAAUAAAAAAUGAGUUUGGGACCGUUGAAGCUCUUUCUUACUUAGUUGUACUUGCAUAUCCUGGUCAGCCAUCUGUUCCUAAAGUAGUCAGUGCCAUCAAGGACUGCAUUAACUUGACAUGGACUCCACCAGCCAAUACUGGAGGAACCAAUAUUUUGGGUUAUAAUUUGGAGAAACGCAAGAAGGGCAGCAGUUUAUGGGGCCUUGUCAAUCCACCAGAGGAACCAAUCAAAACAAAGAAAUAUGCUGUAAAAGAUGUAAUUGAAGGAAUGGAAUAUGAGUUCCGUGUGUCAGCCAUUAACAUAUCUGGAGCUGGUGAACCCAGUACACCCUCCGAAUACGUGUUUGCAAGGGAUCCAAAAAAACCCCCUGGAAAAGUCAAAGACCUCAAAGUGACAGAUUCCAACUACACUAACUUGUCCUUGUCUUGGACUAAACCAAAAGAAGAGCCAGGUGUUCAAGAUGAGGCCAAGGGUUACUUUGUUGAUGUCCGGCCAGCUGAGAACACAGAAUGGGAUCGAUGCAACACAAAUGCUAUCAUCAUGACCACUUACACUGUAAAGGGAAUGAAAUCAAUGGGCAUGUAUUGGGUUAGAGUGAUCGCCGUCAAUGCAGGUGGAGAGGGUGAAGCACAGGAGCUGGAUAACUAUGUCUUGGCUAUGCCUCCUCCAGUGAGACCAAGAUUCACAGAUGCUAAAAUAAAGAGCUUUAUGGUGGUAAGAGCUGGAAAUUCAGCACGAUUCAACAUCAACUUUGAGGCUUCCCCAUGGCCUGAUGUCAUCUGGCUUAAAGAUGGUAUCCCUGUCUCCAAACGUGCCACCAUCAGCAAUGCUGAAGGAGGAUCUCAGAUUCUGAUCCCAUCUGCAGAGCGUUCAGAUUCAGGAAUCUAUACAAUAAUAAUCAAGAACGUUGUGGGUCAAGAGACCUUUAGUAUUGAGAUUAGAGUAACAGAUGAGCCAAAGCCCCCAGGUCCCGUGGAGUUGGAUGAGAAUGUGCCGGGCACUGUGACAGUUUCCUGGGAACCAUCCCCAGAUGAGAAACGUGAUGAUCGCCUGCAUUACAUGGUAACCAAGAGAGACUCCAGCAAGAGAACUUGGAACACAGUUGGAGACUGCAUCUUCAACAACCGCUUCACAGUCUGUAACAUCAUGCCAGGGAGAGAAUACCAUUUCCGCGUCUACUCAAAAAAUGACAUUGGCUUGUCUGCCCACUCUGAGUCGCCAAAGUGGCUAAUCACAUGCAAGAAAGAAAAAAUCACAUUGGCCAUGCCUGAGUCUAAGACCUGCAGCUUGGAGAGGCCUCCAAAAUUUAUGGUCCCACUGAAAAUCCAUUCAGCACCACAAGGCUAUGAAUGCUACAUGAGCUGUGCAGUGAGGGGUAAUCCCACACCCUAUGUUACCUGGUACCGUGACAAUGUCAGUCUCAACACCAACACCAACUACCACAUCACUAACACCUGUGGAGUGUGCUCCAUGCUUAUUCUCAGGGUUGGACCCAAAGACACUGGAGAGUACAAAAUCAUUGCUGAGAACCCAUUAGGAAGAGCAGAGUGCUCCACCAUUCUCACAGUCAGAGAAUAAAACCAUGAAAUCAUGCAGUUAUCAAUCCAUAUUCCUUGCAAGUCAUUAUUUUGUUGUUUUUUGCGGAUAUCGUCUCUUUGUAGAAGUACAGUACUGAGUACUUUUCGGAAAAGUUAUGUGGCAUGUGGAAAUGCUCUAGACUGUUUGGCUUUAUUUGACAAAUUCAGGUGGAUGACAAAAAUCAAAUGCAUGUGAAAGAUUGUAUAUUGUCUUACUGUAAUAAACUGCAUGAAAACCUGAUAGUCUUCUUUUACAUUAAUAACAACACAUAUCUGUAAGGUGCUGCUAUGGUGGAUAAUGCUUAAUAUGAUGUGCUUAUCUAAAAAUGUUUGACAGUGAUUUUAAAAUUUGUUCAGGUUUUUGGAGGUUUUAUUGUUGUAUGAAAUUUUAUUUAUUUAUUUGUUACUUCUUGUUCUUCUGGAAGUAUGUACCUUUCAAAAAUGCAAUUACACUAUAUUAAGA